GUCCGAGAAGUUCCGUAUUCACUACAACACACAUGCAAACGUAAAAGGUAAAUCUUGGGUGCAAUCAGUUGCUGCAUUUUCCAAAUGUCAUCUUCUCUCAACGCUAGAUUUCUUAGAAGAUUGCUAAGACAAAAUGUGGGUUGUUCAACCUGUGUCUGUAGAAAAGAUUCGGCUAGAUAUUUGACAACCACAGAUCGGUAUUGUACCAAUGACAUUGACAAACCGCUACCGAGCAAAAGCCCUGGGGCAUCAGCAGCCGGGAGCCGGUUGAUCAAUAACCCUCUUCCCUUCAAGACUUUCCUACCCAAAACAACUUAUCCUGACCAUGCCCCAGUGGACACCGAAGAUGUUCCGUAUGUCCCCUUGCAGCUACACAAAGAAACGAGAAAAGUGUAUUUUGAAACCUAUGGCUGUCAGAUGAAUGUGAAUGAUACAGAAAUAGCGAUGGCCAUCUUGGAGAAAAAUGGAUUUGUAAUGACAACUGAUGUGAAGGAGGCUGAUGUCCUGUUCAUGAUGACCUGUUCUAUCAGAGAGGGUGCCGAACAAAAGAUCUGGAAACGUCUGGAAUACUACAAGUCAUUGAAAAGGAAGCGAUCAUCCAUGAAAAUUGGAAUAUUAGGGUGUAUGGCCGAGAAUCUGAAGAAGAAGAUUAUUGAGAAGGACAAACAUGUGGAUGUUGUGUGCGGGCCUGAUGCCUAUAAAGAUCUCCCGCGUCUACUGGACGUCACAUCCACUGGCCAAGCAGCUGUGAAUGUGAUGCUUUCGUUCGAUGAGACGUACGCUGACGUGAUGCCAGUCCGGGUAAAACAAGAUUCACCUUCUGCUUUUGUGUCUAUCAUGCGAGGCUGUGACAACAUGUGUACCUAUUGUAUAGUACCGUUCACUAGGGGCAGGGAGAGGAGUCGUCCUAUAGCCUCCAUAGUGGAGGAGAUCCAGGCCUUGUCAGACCAGGGGUUGAAAGAAAUUACACUCCUUGGACAAAAUGUCAAUAGCUACAUAGACAAGUCCGAGUCCAAGUUUUAUGGGGGAUUUGAUGCUAAAAAUACAACAAAAAAUAGCUCUGGAUUUAAAACGGUCUACAAGCCUAAGGUCGGAGGUCGACGAUUCAGCGAUUUGUUGGAUGCAGUGUCUCGAGUGGAUCCUGAUAUAAGGAUACGUUUCACCUCUCCACACCCGAAGGACUUUCCCGAUGAGGUGUUGUAUAUGAUGAAAGAGCAACCAAACAUCUGUAAGCACAUCCACCUCCCAGCCCAGAGUGGCAGUACGGCUGUACUUCAGGCAAUGAGACGAGGCUACACACGCGAGUCCUACCUGGAAUUAGUACAUCACAUCUGGGAUAUCAUACCUGAUGUGUCACUGUCCAGUGACUUUAUAGCGGGAUUCUGCGGGGAGACUGAAGAAGACCACAUGGACACACUAUCUCUGAUGGACAUUGUACAGUACCACUUCGUGUAUAUGUUCCCAUACAGUAUGAGAAGUAAGACACAUGCCCACCACAAGCUACAAGAUGAUGUUCCUGAUGAAGUCAAAAAACGCCGACAUCUGGAAAUCUCCAAAGCAUUUAGGGAUGGGGCUCUGAAACGAAACCAGGCUCAGAUCGGACAGAAACAACUUGUGUUGGUGGAGUCUGUAAGUAAACGAUCCACAGACGACAUGGCCGGCAGAAAUGAUGGCAAUACCAAGGUAAUCCUGGCAGGUGGUGGAACAACAGCGGGGAACAGCUUAACCCUUAAACCUGGAGACUAUGUUGUCGCAGAGAUUACUUCAUGCUCAUCCCAAGUUUUACAUGCAAGACCUCUAUACACAAGUUCUAUCCAAGACUUUCACCAAUCCUUCCACAGUCACCAGAUCAAUACCCAACAACAAUAUGUUGUAACCAGUUAGAUACAAACUUACAAUGAAAGGAUUUGAUUUUGUGAUUUUCAUAAUUAUCUUAAUAAAUAUGUGAUAUGG